AUGGAGCACGUCGCUCUACCCUCGAAUAAUUUUCAUCCACCUUUAGUCAUACCCUUCAUAUGUGACAAUGGUGCUCUUGAGUAUGAUCAUAAAGGAUUCCUCGACUUUCCUAAACGUAUAGGUGUCGUCCCUGAAGACAUUAUGCAAGGCAAAUUCCACGGACUGAGCCACCUUGAUGCCUUGAGUUUCUUUCAGUCGUGGUGCUUCUUUGGGUUGCUCUUCGAAUUUCUAACCAUUGUCGGUCGGGUUUUCACGAUCGAAGAUUUUCUGCAGCGAGAACCGUCGGCAGUGAGUGCAGGCCUAACAGGUCGCAUCAUUUCUACAAAGAAGUUGCCGGUACUAUUUCGCGAGCUGGAAGAGGAAUCACGAACAUUGGAUAUUGCUGAGAAGGUCAAACGAUUUGACACCAUCUGUGAGCGUCUUCAGGUCGCUGCAGAAUUCACUUAUCUUAGCAGCAGUUACGAAAUCGAUGUAGAUGGGCGACAUUUCUUCUCCGAUGACUCGAUUAAUUGGGCAACAGCUUCAUCGCCGGGGAAUUUGGUGCAUCUUUCCAUUGUGGCGCUAGGCGAGCUUCUCGAAUCCAUAACCGCUACUUUGUAUAAGACCAGACGCUCCACUUACAGGGGCUACCGUCACAGAGGCCCAAGUACAUUUAUAGAGUCUCGUAUGUUACAGGCAGGGUGGUGCCCAAGCCAGGCCAGGGCGCUCUACGAUCAAGACACAGGGCUUACUUUCAUGUAUUACUUGAGCUCUAUGAACAUCCACGCUUUGGGUUGGAAUCAUGAUGGGUGUGGAGACAGCUUUCGCUGCCAAUUUGACACGCUGGACUUGCAGAAAUACCAAACAAAACAUUCUUUGGAAUGCCAGCCCAUAGGAGGGAAUAAUUGUCGAUUCAUCACCCCAGAAUCGACUUGGUCACCUCGCAUUUCUGGCAUUGUACGAAGAUAUCAGACACCGCUGAUCAAGGUACAUGAGCAUGGUGUUGAUAGAACGGUGCAGAUCUGCGUAAAAGCAGCCGAGAUAAAUCUUGCGCAGCCUAGGAAAUAUAUCGGGAGUCAACUUGUUGAUAAGUGCGCUACUAUCAUCGGGUUACGAACUGGCUCUUGGUGGCUCAACGUGAUCGAGACCCGCUACGUCUGUAUCUCCCAUGUUUGGGCUGACGGAUUGGGAAAUCCACGAGAGAACAGUAUUCCCGCGUGUCAACUUAUGCGCUUACAGCGUAUGGUCAACGAGCUUUACCCCCAAGAGGAGAGGCCCGUGCCAUUUUGGCUUGACACCUUGUGUGUCCCAAUACGCAGACGCUUCCGGAGAAUGGCCAUAGUUAACAUGGCUCAGAUUUACAGGCGGGCGGAUAAGGUUCUGGUGUUGGACUCUUCACUUCUCCAGGCUUCUACCACAGCCUCUCCGCCCCUUGAACUACACGUUCGUCUAAUGACAUCACGUUGGAGCCGGCGAUUGUGGACUUUGCACGAGGCAAUCCUGGCUGAGCAGCUCUAUUACCAAUUCGCGGAUCGCGCGCUUACCCGUGGUCAGCUUUGUGAUAUUUGGCUGAAGUCCCUGCUCAGCUGUCGCCAACCUGAUUCCUCUGGUAGCUGCGAGGUAUCGGAUCAGCUGACCCCCAUCCGCGAUGAGACUCGUAAGGUAGGGCUCCGCAUCUUGUUCUCGGACCCUGUUGCGCGGCAGGCAUUUAACUGGUUGUUUCAGCUGGAACGAUUCACAGGAAUGCGUAAAAAUGCAGACGCAGCGUUCAUGCGGGUUGCAUUGAAUGCUUUGUUCUGGCGUACUACUAGCUGGCCCGGCGACGAAGCCAUCUGUUUGGCCGGCCUUCUUGACCUAGAACUAGGGCAACGCGAGUUACUCGCCAAAACGGAUGCAGCCGACAGUUUGAAGAUCCUAUUCAUGUCGCUUGAUUCAGUCCCAUUGGACAUACUAUUCGCCAACCUGCCUAGGUCACACGACUUGGGCUUUUCCUGGAUCCCCUCAACUAUCCUGGGCAGAGGUCGUGAUGCGUUCAUGACAAGCUUGCGCCCUGCUUACCCAACGCCCGAAGGACUUCGCUUCACAUCCCCCGGCUUUCGUCUACGGGGCAAAGUUGAACCAGUCUUGAAUGACAACAGAGUCUAUCUGGAAUACAACGGUCAUUACUACUAUAUGGUUCCCCGAGCUAAGAAACACGUCUUUGAGUGGAAAUAUCUUGAAUCCUUGGACUUAGCGGUCAUUCUUCCAACACCUCUAGUUUAUCCCGGCUUUACAUUCGCUGCUCUCAUUGCGGUUCAGGGGACGGCUUUAAAACCUCAAAACACUCAACACAAUCCCUAUCUUGCGAAGCUGGUCACCUCAAGGCCAACGUCAGUGCCAGUGCCCACGGGCCUUUCCCACAGCCUUGACGCCUCUUCCCUCAUGUCAGCAGAAGAAAAGGAACCUCUCCUCAACGCUAAUCCUACCCUCCAGAAAUACUACGCCUCCUUAGAGUCGCGCAUUGGAUAUCGUCUAUUCCUCGGUGAUACCAGACAUUUCGGGUAUUACCCAAGUUCUUCAUCAUGGCCAUUCCCGAUCAACGGAGCCCUACGCGCAAUGGAGGAACAGCUCUUCAACGCGCUAGAAUGCCCUCCAGGCUCCCGAGUGCUGGACGCUGGAUGUGGCGUAGGACAUGUGGCUCUUUACAUGGCAAAAGCUGGUGACUAUCGCAUUGAAUGUAUCGAUGUCGUUGCUCGUCACGUUGCAAAAGCCAAGCGGAACAUCUCCAAUGCUGGCAUGGAGGGUGCGAUAUCGGCAAGCCUCGGAGACUACCAUCAUCUCGAAGACUUCUACGACAACUCCUUUGAUGGCAUCUACACAAUGGAAACAUUGGUGCAUUCGACGAAUCCGCUUGGCGUACUGCGGGAAUUCUUGCGGCUGUUGAAGCCCGGCGGACGCAUAGCGUUGAACGAGUACGACCAUGACGACUUAGGAAAGGCCCCCAAAGACCUGGCAGAUACAAUGAAGAAGGUCAACAAGUACGCCGCUAUGCCAGCGAAUGCCUCGUUUGAUAGAGACGUUCUGAAGGAGCUAUUGCAGGAAGCUGGCUUUGAGGACGUACAACUAAGGGAUCUAUCGGAGCAUAUUGUGCCCAUGUUGUGGCUCUUCUAUCUCCUGGCACUAGUGCCCUAUAUUUUGUUGAAGCUGCUAGGGAUAGAGCAUCGCUUCGUGAACACCAUGGCAGGCGUGGAGUCAUAUAGGGGCCGACACCUCUGGAGGUACAUCCAAGUCCCCGGCAGAAAGCGAUCAUGA